CCGCCGCCGGAGCGGGCGGGGCGUGCGGGCGGCGCCGGGGCCGCCACCUCUGCCGGGCUGCGCUUUUCAAACGCCGGCUGGGCGGGCGCGGCGGUUGGCGGGGGCGUGGGGGCGGCCGCCGGCCUGUGAGGGGCUCUCCGGGCGUGAGGUGACUGGUAGGGGAGAGAGCCGCGUUCCUAACUAUGUCCAGGAGAAAGCUGGAGAACAAGAGCCUUUCUGGCUUGUUAGCCAUGUCUCUGCAGACACAAAUCAGGACAGACAAUUUCUACAACUUUUACAUGCUUGAGUCAAAAGAGCUAGGAAGAGGAAGAUGUGCUGUGGUUAGAAAAUGCAUAGCUAAAUCCACAGGCCAAGAAUACGCAGCUAAAUUUUUAAAGAAAAGAAGAAGAGGUCAAGACUGCAAAGCCGAGAUUCUCCAUGAAAUUGCUGUGCUUGAAUUAAUGAAAUCUAAUCCUCGCAUAGUUAAUCUCCAUGAAGUCUAUGAAACGGCAAAUGAAAUCAUCCUAGUGUUGGAAUAUGCUGCUGGAGGAGAAAUCUUCAACUUAUGUGUCCCAGAUCUGGAUGACAGAAUUGGUGAAAGUGAUAUUAUAAGACUUAUAAGGCAAAUACUUGAAGGACUUUGCUGCUUGCAUGAAAACAAUAUCGUUCAUCUUGAUUUAAAGCCUCAAAAUAUUUUGCUGAGCAGCAUCAAUCCUCUUGGUGAUGUGAAAAUUGUAGAUUUUGGUAUGUCUCGGAAGAUUGAGAAUACAAGUGAACUGCGGCAAAUCAUGGGAACGACAGAAUACCUAGCUCCAGAAAUCUUAAACUACGAUCCUAUUACCACAGCUACAGAUAUGUGGAACAUAGGUGUGAUUUCAUACAUGCUGCUUACACAAGAAUCUCCGUUUGUGGGAGCCAACAAUCAAGAAACUUUCCUUAAUAUAUCUCAAGUUAACGUGGACUAUUCAGAAGAAACAUUUUCAUCAGUUUCACAGCCUGCCAAAGACUUCAUUCAAAAACUUCUCAUAAAAAAUCCAGAGGAAAGACCCACAGCAGAGGCCUGUCUCUCUCAUUUCUGGUUGCAGCAAGGGGAGUUCAUACUCUUGUGCAGCCCUGAAGAAACUUGCUGCCCUUCUCUAAUACCAGGACAUACAACAAAAUGCUCAGAAGAGCGGAAUGUAAAAUCCAGUUGUAAUGGUACUUGUAGCAACAAGGAAGACAAAGAAAACAUUCCAGAGGACAGCAGUACUGUCUCCAAACGUUUCCGGUUUGAUGAUUCAUUGCAGUAUCCCCAAGACUUCAUGACAGACUUUGUAUGUUAAUACGUAAUGUAGACUUCUACAAAAAGGAAUUUAACAUAAUCUUUUCCAGUGGUGAAUAUAUAAGAUUAUGGCUUGCCAAUUCGUGCAGUGUUGGUAUACUGGAAAUGCACUUUGAUUCUUUUAUGCUGGUACUUCCUUUUCUAUCCGUUGCUGGCAAUGGAUUUAACUCCUGAGAAACUGGGGUUGUAGCACCAAUAAAAUGAAUUAUUUUUUGAAGAAGGUAUAAUUAAAUAUUUUUGCACUUUUCAAGUUUUAAUCCAAAAAUGAUGCCAGAUCAAAACCAGGAAAAUGAGUUUGUUUAAACUAAUUUUCAGAGUUUUUGCCUAAACCUCGAGCUUUGCCAAACAGUGGCUGAAUAACACGUACAUUUUUAUGACUAGCCUUAAGAACUUGAUCUAAGCAGGAGAACUGAAUCUAGCUGUCUUAAUGGUCUUAUCUGGGCUAUGAUAGGUCUGUUGGGGCCAUUUGGAAUACUUCUUUUUCUCUGGGAUCAUCAGUAGUUAAGGAAAUGUUUCUGUCAUAUAAAUCUGGUCCAUCUAGGGAUUAUAAUGCAUAUUCUGCAUGAUAUUUCCUGUGUUGGAUCUCUUUAAUGCUUGAACAGAAAAUGGGUAGAUUGUCAGUCCUUGUGCCUAGUGAUCCUUUGGCUCUUACCAGUGAGUUGUAUUUGAAGAGGGUGAGAUUCCCAUGCUGUUGUGAAUAUUUGAUACACUUGUUAGUUUGCUUCCAUAAAACCUCUGAAAUAAGAGUUGUCUGCCUGCAUUGAUCUAUUCCUCAUCUUAAAAUGAGCAAACUAACACCAAAUGACAAAAAGCCCCUUCAUAGUUAAUAACUGAAUAAUCUGUAAAUAACUAUUUUUGCCAGUAAAGCUGCAAUUAAAAACUUUUAUUAUGCCCUUUUGAAGUAGAUGGGCAGUGCAUUUUUCUAUCAAUUAUUGUCAUUCACAAUAACUUAGCUUCUUGCCCUCUCUGAGAAAUGGACUGCAGUGUGUUAAUAUUUAAAGACAACCUACCCACUACUUGUUUUUAAGCCUUUAAAUUUGCUUUGUUUAGUGGGUUUGUGUUUAAGUUAUAUCCUUCUAAUUCCUGUUACUAGUCUCUGAGAAAUACUGCCUAUGUCAAAUUUCAGCUUAGAGCAAAUAACAGUCAUGUCUCAACAGCCUGAAACUGAUAGUCUACCAUUGAAAUACUGACAAGAUAAGAUCCUAAUCAUAACAGUGAGGCUGGAAGUCUGUUUGUGUAGGUAAUGUAUUAAAACACCUGUAAAUAUUUGGAAAGGAAAUAGCACUUCAAAGUAAUUUGGGGAUUUUCUACUCCCCAGAGCUUAGACUUAGUACUCUUUUGAUUCGGUUUGUUUUGUAUAAUAAAAUAGCACAAUCUGAUGAUCUUUUCAAGUGUGCCUGUAGAUCUCACAAUAGCUAGGCAGAUUGAGUUUUUUUUUUAUUUUAUCUUCAUGAAAGAAAGAAACAUUUUUUUGUAUUUUUUUAUUUUUUUUUUACAAAGAUUUUAAUGCAAGGUUUUAUGAUAAUGUAUGGGUGAAGUUCAGGACUGUUGUCUUUUAUUUUGGGUGACAUUUCUGUUGACAAGUGAAAAGUCAGCUGAGAUGUAUUCAGCUUAUAUUUGCAGAAGUAAAAAAAUAAAAUAAAAUCUGAGACUUAAUCUCAAGUGAAAUGAAAUAAUAGCAUGGAUAAAGCUCAGAUGCUUAGGUGUAUAAAUGAACUGCACUGACUCUCCUCUAUGUAUUUUAUUUACAGUGAUAAUGAUAAUAUAUAAUUAUAAAACAAGUUUGCUGGAGGCAGUUGGAUUGUGUUCAGGUACCUUAUAAACUUACUUUUCAAAGUCCUUGUUUUUAAACUAUUUUAUGCAGACAUGUUUAGAAGUUAACAUUCACUGAAGAUAAAGAAUAAAAUGUCAAAAAGCUGUAAUGGAUACAGGUAGAAAGGUGUUGCAUUUUAAGUCUCUAAAAUUAUUACUGAUCUGAACUUAAAACUGGGAAGCCUGUGAAAGUCUUUGUACUAGUGUUCUGGUUUUUAGCAUCUAAAAAUAAAGCUGAAAGCAUAUGCUAGCACUUUAUGAAAAAGUUAUUAUUCCUUAAAGUUUUUAUCGUGUUAUCUGAUGUUUACAUUUCUUACUACUUUUGGGGCUAACUUAUCUCUUUAAAUUAAAAAAAAAAUAAAUUGGUCUUAUUCAAGAAACUUAAGUUUUGAAGUUUGUACCUCAUGUAAAUUCAAAAUAUGCCUUGAAUCAGAGUUUGUUUGGAUCAGCAUGUUGGAUUUAUUUUAAAAAUAUUAAUGUGCAUACAUAACUUCUGUUGAAUGUAAAUACAUACAUUCAUACAUUGUAGAAAUUUUUUAGCCUGUCUUGCUUCCUGCCAUAUUACUGGAGAUUCUGAAUUGUAAAUGAGUGAUAAGUAACUCAUCAUCAUGAGCAAUGAUGAUCAUUUUAAGAUGACUUAAGACGUAUUUCAAUGCAGUUCAUGACCUUUUUAUUUAAAAAAGUAAUAAUAAACUUUGCCUUUUUUCAAAA